AAGAAAUGAUACCUCUCUGUUUCAAGAAAACCAAUCCAAAGGCUUCUAAAAAAAGGUGAAGUAGCCCGAAACGAAAGUACGAACGAAUUAGAGGUAGCACGCACCUAAACUAUUUUGAGUAAUCUUCAAACUGAUUCUUCCUUUCCUCUUUCAACUUUCUUUAUUGAAAGCCGCCCCUGCUGUACCAAAAGGAAAGAAUUAUCUCUCUUAUGGAAAAACACCAAGUCAUAUUUCCGUUGCUUGUCUUCUUUGGUUUUAUCUCCUUCUCUCUUUGCAUAGCUGCUGAAUUCAAGAAAUCAAAGAAGAAAGAUCUGAGACUAGAUGGGAAAUACUGUUACUUCCUAGGAAGCGCGGCGUUCGGAUUGGGAAUUGCAGCUUUAACAUGUUUAUUCAUUGCUCAAUUCAUUGGAAACUUGCUAAUAUGUAGAAAGUUAUUCUCAAGGGAUAAAACUGAAAACAGUUCCAAGGUUGAGAACAAGUCCAUCAUUGCUGGCCUCUUUUUGGCACUUUCUUGGAUCAGCUUUGGGAUUGCUGUAAUUUUAAUAGGGGCAUCCACAAGCAUGAGCAGAAAUCAGCACUUUGGUGAAGGAUGGUUAGAUGGAGAAUGCUACAUAGUCAAAGAUGGUGUCUACACUGGCUCAGCAGUUUUGGUAUUGGUCACUUUGAGUUCAACCCUUGGUUCAGCCAUCAUGAGAAUAAGGAAGAGAAAUCAAGUGGAACAAGAUAGGAAAGUGCUUCAGCAAGUACUUCAAUAGAAAAGAUAGAAGAUUGGAAAGGAAAAUCUCAAACAUUUUAUAGUCUUUCUGGAGGUGAAGGUGUUUCUUUUUUUUCUUGUUUUAUGAUAAAAGGUCCAAAUUCACCUUUCUAUUAUACGAAAUAUUGCAAUUUCA